AUGGAGUUUGUCACGCUAGUUUCAUCGGACAAGUUCAAGUUUAUAAUACUGAAAGAAGUGGCGUCAAUAUCGUCGGUGUUGAGAAACUCCCAAGGGUUUGAAGAAGGCAAGACCGGCAAGAUUGACUUGGAUAUGGAUGGUGAUAUACUAGAAUGUAUAGUAGAAUACCUCUACUAUCAUUACAAGUACAAGGAUCAAGCUGAAAGUGGAGAAGUUCCCGAAUUCCAAAUCCCAACGCAUUUGGCACUAGAGUUGCUUGUGAAAGCUGAUUAUCUUGAUAUCUGA